ACUACUUUCCUCUUAAAUUUAAUCAAAUAUGGCGAAAAACUUCGGAAAGGGCUUCCCAACUGAAGAUUGUUCUACGGUAUCAAUGGCUACUGACCCAUCUACGAUGGGCCAAUACCUAGCCCGUCGGCUCGUACAAAUUGGUGUCUCCGAUAUCUUUUCGGUUCCAGGAAUUUCGAAUCUGGCUAUAUUCGAUUACUUUAUGGCCGAAAAAGGAUUGAACCUUGUAGGGUGUUGUAGCGAGCUCAAUGCUGGCUAUGGGGCUGAUGGAUACGCCAGGUGCCGUGGUGUUGGAACCUGCGCUGUGACCUUCACGGUUGGUAGUCUUAGUCUCAUCAAUGCCAUUGCCGGUGCUUACUCUGAGGAUCUUCCUGUGAUUUGCAUUGUGGGUGGACCAAAUUCAAAUGAUUAUGGGAGUAAGAAGAUUCUCCAUCAUACCAUUGGAUUGCCGGAUUUCAAUCAAGAAUUCCGUUGCUUCCAAAAUGUCACAUGUUAUCAGGCUGUUAUCGAUAAUUUGGAAGAUGCACGGUGGCAAAUAGAUAGAGCAAUAUCCAAAUGUUUGGAAGAAAGUAAACCAGUUUACAUUAGCAUUUGUUGCAAUUUGGUGGCCAUUCCUCAUCCUUCUUUCUCUUUCUCUGCCCAACCACUCAUCCCACUCUCCCUUUCUCCCAAGCAAAGUAAUCAAUUGGGUUUGGAGAUGGCAGUGAAAAAAGCAUCUGAUCUUCUAAAUACAGUCAUUAAGCCUGUAAUGAUUGGUGGAAAGAAGCUACGACUUGCCAAAGCACAAGCUGCAUUUCUAGAGCUAGCCGACGCUUGUGGCUACGCGGUUGCCGUUACACCAUCGGCAAAAGGCAUGUUUCCGGAGAACCACCCUCAUUUCAUUGGAACUUACUGGGGAAUAGUCAGCACUGCCUUUUGCGGGGAGACGGUAGAAAUAGCCGAUGCCUCACUUUUCAUAGGAGCCACUUUAGACGAAUUGGAAACUGUUGACUACUCUCUGACCUACAAAAAGAAUAAAGCCAUUAUCGUUGAACCAGACCGCGUCAUGUUUCCAAAUGGAUCGAGUUUUGGGCUAAUUUUAAUGAAGGACUUUCUUCAAGCUCUAACUAAGCGGCUCAAACCCAAUUUAACGGCUUAUGAGAAUUAUCACCGAAUUUAUGUACCCGAGUCGAGUCCACCGCAAUCGGAGUUGGGCGAGGCAUUGCGGGUCAAUGUUCUUUUCAAACAUAUUCAAAAAAUGUUGACCAAUAAUAUGACUGUGAUAUCUGAGACGGGUGACUCUUGGUUUCAUUGUCAAAAACUUAAACUACCAAAAUCAUGCGGGUAUGAAGUACAAUUACUAUAUGCAUCAAUUGGAUGGUCUUUAGGGGCAACUCUUGGAUAUGCACAAGCCGCACCAAAUGAACGAGUAGUUCUAUGUAUUGGUGAUGGAAGUUUCCAGAUGGCUCCUCAAGAUGUGUCAACAAUGUUAAGAUUGAAGCAAAGGAAUAUUAUAUUUUUGAUAAAUAAUGGUGGAUACACAAUUGAAGUAGAACUUCAUGAUGGCCCUUAUAAUAUCAUAAAAAAUUGGGACUAUACAGCUCUAGUCAAUGCCUUGCACAAUCAUGAAGGCAAUUGUUGGACCACUAAGGUUCAAACAGAAGAAGAGUUGGUAAAUGCAAUUGAGACAGCAAUGGGAGAUAAAAGUAAUUGUUUGUGCUUCAUAGAAGCUAUCGUUCAUAGAGAUGAUACUAGUAAGGAAUUACUUCAAUUGGGAAAUAAGCUAGCUGCCAUUGCUAGUCGUCCUCCCAAACCAGUUUUAUGAUUUCUUUUUUUAGACUUAUGUCUAACAUAACACUUAUCAUCAAGGAUCAUCAAUUAUGUAAUUCUUGUAUAUUUAUUUGAGUUAGUUCUACAUCUUCAAUCAAAGUGAGAAUAAUUUAAU